ACGCCGACAUCCGGAUCUUCUUGUUCUUUUCAGCGCACUACAGCUGUGGUGAAGACGUGCACCUCUAUGGAAUAGGAUCAUUUGAUUUUCUCUAGUACAGUUGUGUACACCUACUACGUAACGCUGCCGUUCAAACCAUGCACUUGGCUACCAGCCGUCACCAUGAAAAGGCUCAAACCCACGCCAGUGUUUGAUUCCAAAACGGCGAAUAUUAAAUACACAAAUGAGAAGCCAGCAUUGCCAGUGAAGAAAGAAACUCCAGAUAUUAAUACAGGAACCAACUUUCUAGAUAUAUUAAAUUCACCUGCAAGCCAAGCAGAGGUUACGAAGUCAGACCAACUGCGAAGAGAAACAACACAGCCAAAAACGCUGUCGCCUCCUUCCCUUCUGUCAGCAUCAGCACCGCCAUUGCCACCUACCUCGCCACUUCCCCCACCACCAUCGUUUGCACCUCCGCCACCACCCAGGUUUGAACCCCCGUCACAUCCCGCGUCGCUCGUUGAAAAACAAGAGGAGCGGAAAACCGAUGUGUUUACAGAACUUGAUAUCCAACCUCAAUUUAUGAUGGGUUCACGUGACGAUGAAACAAUGGAGUCUGACAUCUCAACAACAGAUGACCGACAUCCCCUGGCGGAAAGUUCGCCCCAAGAAAGGCGGCGAGGAGGUGGUCACCGACCGGAUUUCACUCUGAAAGGAAGUGUGCGAUUUCCUGUUCAACCAGAGAACAGAGUAUCGAGCAUUUAUGAUCUGAACCCAACGGGGAGUUUCUUCCCUCAGAUAUCUACACAAAUGUCGGAUAAGGAUUCUGUUCACAUGGCAAGCAUGACGAACGGACAAGUAAACGCUGCUUACGUCAGAGAUGACGACGAGGAUUCGGAUGAUUCAAAUGGUUCAUCGCCUCAUCUGAGUGAUGAGGUUUUUGAUUCAGAGCAUGAAACUGAACCGGACGCUCCUCCGCCUGUUCAACCUGGUGAAUUACCACGUAGAAAAUCAACACAAAAAGAGAAGAAACUGUUUUGGGAUGUGUUCCGAACUGGCUCUGAUGACAACGUGUCGAGUUCUGAGAUAGACUGCUGGAAUAAAUGUACUGUUGUCGCACGUAUUGUCGUCCUCAUCAUCAUGUUUAUAAUUGUGUUACUUUUUGCUGUGCUGUCUAAACUCACAUUCGUCAUGAUGACGUCAAACAUUUUCCCGCCAGCUGAUGGGGCCAAAAGUGCCGCUCACAAAACGUUUAACGGCAAACUGACCUACCAUAGCGGUGGAAGCAUGAAUGUCACGUGGAUAUGGGCCUUCAAUAUGGUACUGUCAGCGCCAUACUUCUUUACAUUCGGUAAAUAUUUCUGGAGGUUAUGUUUCAAGAAGACAGGAAAAUUGCAAUGUCUGCCUUUCCUUGCGUCAAUGGUGACAGAAACGCUCCACACCGUUGGCCUGUCCUUCUUCGUGUUUCUAGUCCUGCCGAGUUUUGAACCAAUCGCCGCGUGCCUUUUAUGCAUGAACAUUGGACUCCUACCAGGAAUAUUGAAGAUAUUCUACCCUGCAAGAAGUGUUAAAAAGCUGGAGCGCAAUCAAUCAGUAGGGUUUGCACGGCUAAUGAAUUUAAUAGCCUGCAUCCUACAUGUGGGAAGUCUGGUCUGCUGGGUUCUGUAUGUUUACAACGACCCGAUCAAAACAUCCGAUAACCUCUACCUCAUUAUAAUAAUGGUUGUCUCCCCUAUAUUUAUAUCGCUAAACUACUGGGAAAACUACGUGAGGAAGGGAGACAGGGACUCGUCAGGACUGCCGUAUCUCAAGAGAAUGAUCACACGCGGUCGGACCAAGAUCGGACUGCUCACCAUGCUGUGGAAACUCGCACUGACCUUCAGCGUAAUGCCAGCACUGAUCUUCGGCGUCAACUGUAAUUCGACCACUGAAUGCAUUAAUUCCGUUUUCUACAACUUUAAGGAUGGUCAAGCACCACACAUGAACACCCCGAUAGGUGAGGAUAUUAGGAUUGACGGUGACAGGAAAGCGGCCUGUUGGUAUUUACCUCUUCUGAUUGCCGUUGUUAACAUCAUUUCAGACAUUGUCUGCUUCAAAGUGGCGAAGGCGGCUUGCAAAAUUUUGGCUCAUAAGGUUGGCUAUGCACUUCCAAUGGCGUUAUCCACGCCAGUUACGAUCGCCCUGCUGUUUGGUAGCUAUUCCAGUACGACUAUAUCGACCGUGGCCUCCUGUACGAUUCCUUUCCCGACUUGGGAAGGUGACGCCAGUAACGUAGUGGACGAGAUCAAUUUCUAUAAGUUCGCCAUCAUUGCGGGGAUUCUAGCGUACUCAUCCCUCCUUCUCAUCACGAAUCACGUGUGGUCGCCGAGCAAAGAGAGGCUUGCCGCCACCGAAAAAAUCUUUGUUAAACCUCUGUAUUGUGGAGCGCUACUCGACCAGUCCAUGCUGCUGAACAGAAGGCGAGUGGACGAUGAGUUCAAGUCAGCAAAUGAGAAGAAAAACAAGGUAGACAUUCCCAUCCCGGACAUUCCGACUGAAAUGAAGGGUGAAGGCGGGGAAGAAGAAUGGUCCUUCCUGCGCAAAGAUGACACACCUUUUCUCUACCUUUGCGCAACCAUGUGGCACGAGACGGAAGUAGAGAUGACACAAAUACUCAAAUCCUUAUUCAGAAUGGACGAUGAUCAGUGUGCCCGGCGUCACCUUCAGAUGUACCUUGGCAUCAGAGAUCCAGACUACUACGAAUUCGAAGGUCACAUUUUCUUUGACGACGCAUAUGAAGGCCACGACGAGGACGGGACAGAAUAUAACGCCAACGGAUACGUCCAGAUGUUGGUUAACGUGAUGGACAUAGCGGCCAGCGCAGUCCACGGUAACAUCAUCCAUAUUCCUCCACCAACAAAGAUCCCUACCCCUUACGGCGGUCAGCUGAUCUGGAGACUUCCCGGCGGCAACAAACUCAUUGCUCACCUAAAAGACAAGGCGAAGAUACGUCAUAGGAAACGAUGGAGUCAGGUGAUGUACAUGUACUACUUCCUGGGUCAUCGUCUGAUGAACAUCCCAAACAAAAGUCGACGUCAAAAAGAGAAGAUAGCCAAUAACACAUUCCUAUUGGCGCUUGAUGGAGACGUGGACUUCCAGCCGUCUGCAGUGCAGCUACUGGUCGACAGGAUGAAGAAGAAUCCGAGGGUUGGUGCGGCGUGCGGCCGCAUUCAUCCAAUUGGUUCAGGUCCUAUGGUGUGGUACCAGAAAUUCGAGUACGCGAUCAGUCAUUGGCUUCAGAAGGCGGCCGAGCACAUGUUAGGAUGUGUGCUGUGUAGUCCUGGCUGUUUCAGUCUUUUCCGAGGAAAGGCACUCAUGGAUGACAACGUGAUGAAGAGAUAUACCACACUGCCAACGGAACCGGCUCACUACGUCCAAUAUGAUCAAGGUGAGGACCGGUGGUUGUGUACACUACUGCUACAGCAGGGUUACCGUGUGGAAUAUGUUGCCGCCUCGGACGCCUUGACCUAUGCCCCAGAGGGAUUCUACGAAUUCUACAACCAGAGGAGACGAUGGACACCGUCCACCAUGGCAAAUAUCAUGGACCUGUUGAUGGACUGGAAAAAUGUCACACGAAAGAACGAGGAUAUAUCCAUGCUGUAUAUCUUGUAUCAAACGUUUCUGAUGGUGUCCUCCAUUUUGACCCCUGGAACCAUCUUCUUGAUGAUCCUCGGUGCUAUCACGACUGGCUUUCCUGAUAUCAAUGUCUGGACGGCGUUUGGUAUCAACCUGGCGCCUGUCAUACUGAUGGUGAUUCUGUGUUUCGUAGCCUCCUCACAAACUCAGUUGGCGUAUUCAGCCAUCUUGUCCACCGUGUAUUCCUUGCUGAUGAUGGUCGUGUUUAUCGGACUACUGAAAGAAGCUGCGGGGGCAGGGUUCUGCUCUGUCACCACGGUGUUCUUACUGUUUGUGGCUGGUGUAUUUGUCCUUUCUGCAUGCCUCCAUCCUCAGGAAUUUUUCUGCGUCCUACACGGUUUCCUUUACUUCCUGUCUAUUCCCUCAAUGUCCAUGCUGCUAAUGAUCUACUCUCUGGGCAACCUGCACGUGGUUUCCUGGGGAACUAGGGAGACCAAACAACCGACCACCCCUCAGAAACCUACGGAACAGAAGAAAGAUGACGGGAGGUUAGGGCAGGUAAAAGACUGGAUCAAUAGACAGUUGCCUGCGGAUGGUGGAGCCGGAAAUCCUUCAUCGGAUUACGCCUUCUCGUUUGGGAACUUGUUCAGAUGUUUUUGUUGCCCGAGCAAUGAGCACACAGAAGAUGACAAAUUUAAACAAAUCCUGUUUCGUCUGGCGGAAAUGGAAGAGCGCAUAACAGUCGCCACUCGCAACACUUCAAGAAAUGAGUCUAUGAAUUAUUUACCAGAAGCGGAACCAGUUGAGCAGGGCGAUGCACCCUUUUCACAUGCAAUGGAUCUAUUUGAGGGAGCAGGCGAACGUCAUAAUCCUGUGUUUCAACCGGUAGUUGACACUAAGAGAAAUGACCUUGUAAACCCCUACUGGAUCAACGACAAAACCCUUAAAGAUGGCGCUAUCGAUCGCAUGAGCGGAGAUGAAACAGAAUUUUGGAAAAACUUUAUAGAUAAAUAUCUCUACCCCCUGGAGAAAAACGUCGCGAAGGAGAAGGCUACUGCCGAAGAGCUAAUCGAGUUGAGGAACAAAGUUUCAUUGGCUUUUCUUCUCAUCAACGCUCUCUUCGUCACCAUCGUCUUUGUUUUAACGGUUGUCAAUGCGGCCGACAACAGUCUUUCCAUACCGUUGCCAUGCAAAACCGUCACAGGGGACGAUCAAGGCUUCGUCGAACCAAUCAGUUUCGCGUUUACCAUUGUUUUCGGAAUGAUGUUGCUCGUACAAUGUAUCUGUAUGUUAUUCCAUAGAAUGGCAACCCUGCUGCAUAUUUUGGCUUCAACUGAAAUCAAAGCCAAACGCCGUAUCAGACAAUCGCUACAAGGUGGUGGCGAUGAGGCCGAGCGUUCUAUUGGUGUCGAUGAAGGAUUACAACUUGUACGAGAUAUGCAAUCGGCUGCCAUUGAUGAUGACGCGCGAUCCAUCGUAUCGGAGUUCAGUAUAGUAAGUGAGCACGAAGAUGAGGAAGCCCCUGUUGUACAAACGAAGGGGAAACAACUUUGGAAAAAGUUUGAUCGAAGACGAAAGGAGCAACACAAGAGCACUCUUGGUAGAAAUUUUCUUCGGAAUUUCCAGAAACUUCAAACUGUUAUAGCUGACGAUGAUAAUGCUAGCACUAAGGGUGUUACUGAAGGGAGCACUGACGAGGACGCCACAAAAAUGAAUGAUAUUCAGAAAAAGUUCGCCCGUUUUGGUCGUCCGUCUCUGUUUACGAUAACUAAAAUGAUCCGGAACACCUCUAAUCGUGAUGAGAUAAAACGACGGGGAAGCCAGGUCGGAGCUAGAAACCGAUGGAAGACAGCUGUCAGACAAACUAGGCUAAAGGAAAUCAUGGCAAAGGCCAGAGAGAAUGCAGCAGGCUCCGACACAACUGCAAACACGGGCGGUAAUCGAUUUACAGCGUUGGUUAAUGCUGCUGUGAUGAAAAACAAAGAGAAUGAGCAGAAAAACAAACAGGCUGAAGAUGACUACACAGUCAUCAAGGAGGAGGAAGAGGAUGAGGAUAAAACAGAGGUAAAGCAAACGAGUGCAGUCGUACACUUCAGUAACGAGACGGACAGGGGACCAGACAAUCACGAUUCGCAGGGGCCACCGCCAGCCUAUAAUGGAGAAUCAGUUGGACUGCAAAAUGUGGAUGUUUUGUUUUAAAGAGACUCAAAGAGAAUAUUGGACACGUCCGAAACAUAUGAUUGUGUCAUACAAAACACUGCUGCAAAUGUUUGACUCUUGUAGCCCCACUGUUGUUAUACUUUUUUCCGUUAUGUUGUCACGACAACAGGAUAUACUUAGACCCAUUGUGUGUGAUCACCACAUAAUUGUAUUCCCUCCUUGAUGUGUGAUGAUAGCAUUAUUCAUAAUUACCUCCCAUUUGAUUACAACAUGCUUUACAAUUGAUUACUUUUGUGAAUUUAUGGAUUGAUUUAUAAUUCGUUUUCCCUGUGUGUAAUACCAACAUCAUUCAUACAUACAAUGUUCCCGUUUAAUUUUGAAAUUAUCUCCCUUACAUGUGUAUGUUUAUAUUAGUAAGUAAAACCAGGCUGCCCCACCUCUUUUAUUGUUAAUGUAUCAAUAGCUUUACGAUUGUUAUUUUUAUUGUGACAAUAUCGUGUAUAAGUUGUGCGAGGAAAUGACUUGUAGUUAUACCAUGCUUUUAAUGAUUACCGUAUUAUAGACAUGCUGGUUUUGUCUCAUUGUUGGUAUUUACUCAUAGAUAAUUGACACAUAACACCUUAAUCAAACGUUCGGUAAGAUAUUGUCAUGUAUUGCGUGGUUUGUUUGUUUUUGUUUGAGUUAUCUCCCCGGUCUCAUUUUGUAUGUCUAUUCACAGAAAAAUGUACACUUUAUUAAUUUAUAUAGCGUCAUAUGCCCUGUCCCCAGGUAGUUUCAAAGUAUAUUUAAUGUAACAUAAGAAAAAGCCUUUAUUUCUUACAAAAUAUGUAUAUGUGUAGAUAUAAUUAGGCCUAUGUGAUUUAAUAUCAUUGUAUGCAAAAUGUAUGAUCAUGUAAAUACAUGUACAAAUAUAUAAGGACGUAUAAUAUAUAUAUAUUUUCUUAUUAGAGAUGAUGAAUAUGAAAAGAUAUGAUCAUGUAAUAAGAAAACAAUAAAUAAAAAAUUAAAUUAAAUUAAAUAAGAGUAUGUAAAUGUAUUGACAUUUUUUUUUUAAAGUUAUACAUGAUUAUAUAACAAUGUAUGUAUAUGUAGUUAAAAUGAAUAUGCAAUACGAUACAAUGCUUUGAUUACAUGUAGAUAGGCAUGCGUAUAGGUGUAUAUGUAGUUAGAUAUGUUUUUGUACCGGUUUGGAAUAGAUUUGUUUAGUAUAUAUUUUUUGACAAACAUAGUUUACGUUACUCAUUGAACAAGCUGUGAUAUGUGAUUAUGGAGUGAUCAACAAUACAUAAUAAUUGAUUAAGUUAGUUGUCGGUGUCAGUCCUAAUUCUAGUUGAACAUGGUAAACCCUCCUGUCCCACACCUGUACUGUUUAAUUGUAGUCGGAUGUUCAUACAUUGUAAUACGGAUCUUGCAUUUUGUAUUUUAAUCGUAUUUCUCAAUUAAUUUAAUAAAAAAAACUCAUGCUAUCGAUGAAAUCGAUACAUUGAUCAACAUUUAUCUUAUUUUUUUUAUAAUAAUGCAUAAUCAAUCCCUCCUCAAUCUUUCAAUUUCGUCAUCGAUCUGGUUCGAGACUUUAUAUACAUAUGUAUUUGUGAUUAAAAAACUAAGGAAUGUUGUUUCCCUGUUACCGAUUUAAUUAAAGGAGUUACCGCUAGAGUAAGGUGUACUAUACAUGUACAUGUGUAAUACACAGAGAUAGAGUUAUCUACCCUUCUGUACCAUGUGACAUACACAGCGAUAUAGUUAUCUACCCUUCUGUACCUCCACGAUGUCACAAGUUUGUCGUCUUUUGCAAUUUCGGUAUAUGAGCCCUUUCAUCUCUAUGCAGCUUUAGUAGACUCUACCAUGCAUUGUUCUGGAUGAGUCCAUUUUGGUAUACAGUGGUGAAAGGGUUGAUUGUCUAGCAUGUCUCUCUUUGAAUGUAUACGUAAACACGAGUACAUUGUCAUGUGUUGCUUCUUUCAAACCUGCAAUAUUACACCAAAGUAGGCUUAAUUUUCAAGUCACGAAAUGCAAGAACAGUCCAUGUUUUCUUGUGACAAUGCAAGAGAAAUACCGGGCAAGUACCGGAGUUUAGAACAAGAAAUGAUUCAAUGCAUACUGUAAUUAAUGUUCUACCACGUGUGCGAUGUAAGAACGCUUUUCGUUAGUUGCCAUUGUUAUUUAAUGUAUUAUCUGACAAGUAAACCACGUGCAUACAUGUAUUAUCUGACAAGUAAACCACGUGGAUGGAUGUUUUAUUUAAGAACAAUAAACAUGUGUGCGUGUAAUGUG